GAUUUUAUUUCUUUUCAAGUAUUAGCCACCCCUAUUACAAAAGAUAACAAUUUGACACAUAACCCAUCAAGUACUUAUACUAAUCUCAAGACACGACAAGAUGUAGAAAGUGGGAUUUCUAUCUAUAUACAAAUACCAGAGGAUACUGAGGGUUACUUUAGCUUGGGAGACAAAAUGUGUGCACAAACAAAUAGCGUAUAUAGUUUUUUGGUUUUCGAAAACUAUAAUUAUGGUGAUGAAUGUGGUCUAGGUGAUUAUCUUGAGACAGAUCAAAAUUUGAAACCUGAUCCUUCUCAAGCUGAUUGGCGGGUGCCUAAUACUGCUUUCUAUAAACCAGAUAUUGGAGAUCAUCGUAAUAUCAUGGUUCAAAUACCAGAAGGCGAUUAUAAAUGUUUAUUGUUUUAUUCAAUGUAUCCUGAUUUUAAAUUAUCUGUUGAAGAAAACCAUCAUGUUAUUGAUAUUUUUGAUUCAAAUCGAUACUUUAGCAUAGGAAAUUUAAUUAGUGAUGAAUGUCAAGGUGAUUUAUUAUCUACACCAUAUUUAGAACAAGGUUUCUAUAUCAGAGAAAAUUGGUGG